AUGGCUUCCCCUCGCAUUCGACUCGCCUCGAUGGGCAUGUUCAUCAUCGACACGUUCCAAUUCCUCGAUCCCACGACGGGUCAGGAUCUGGGCAGUAAUGGGCUCGAGGAUCAGAUCGGCGGAGGAGGCUGCUAUUUUGCCAUCGGCGCUCGAGUUUGGUUGCCACCCUCGGACAUUCAGAUGAUCAUCGAUCGGGGAAGCGACUGGAGGACGCAGGAUCAGGCUGUGCUCGACCGAUUCAACCAAAUCCCCUCCUCCCCCGGACGUUCUCAAGCUGAACAGUCGUCGUCCAUGUGGCACUACAGGACGAGAGCAGACGGCACAACGCGAGCAGUCAAUAUCUACAAGGGCGAGCAUCGGGGCUUUGACUAUCUCUCUCCCAAGAUUCGCCUCGAACCAAGCGAUCUCCUCCAGUGUAGCCCCAGCAUCCCACCACGACUACCAGAAUGGAUCCACCUCAUAUGCUCGCCGGAACGAGCGCUCGAGACCAUUUCACAGAUCGACGCAGUCCUCGUGCAGAAUCAGGGCACCGACACGCCAGGCUUUCCAAGGCUGGUCUAUGAACCAAUACCGGAUUCGUGCGUCUUUGCGAAUCUGCAAGAUUGCUUGCGCGUGUUACCGAGGCUGGAGGUGUUCAGCCCAAAUCACGAGGAAGCUGCACAUUUGCUCGGUCUGUACGACGAGUGGGAAAGCGUUUCGAAGCAGGCAAAGGGGGAAAGGGGCAAGUCGCCGGAUGCGAUCGUGCAGUUUAUCACCUCUAGGCUCGCUGGCGGAUUUGCAGCGCAUUUGCAGCAACAGCAACUUGAAGGAGUCGGACCCAUCAUCUGCAUCCGAAGUGGUGCUUGGGGCUCUGUUGUGGGUCGAGCAGACGUCGGAUUCCACCACGUACCAGCAUGGCAUACGAAGUCAGUGUCAUCUUCCGAUCAUCUGGAUCUGGACUCUAGCUCGUCUCGCAUCAAGGACGUGACAGGGGCAGGCAACUCAUUUCUUGGAGGUUUCUGUGCGUACCUCGUACAAACUGAGCAAAGCCGUGCGCUGGAUCAGACCGGAAGGAUGAAAGAGGCAGCUCUUCAUGGCGCCGUGUCAGCUUCGCUUAUCAUUGAGCAGCUUGGCUUGCCAUCGUUUGACGUCAGGGAGGGCUUCGAGCUUUGGAACGGGCACACUGCCGCAGAACGACUAGUGUUGUUCCGAGAGAGACUUUCGUCUUCGUAG